UCUAGAUUUGAGAGCUUUUAGACGGCCGCGUUUUGCCAUGGCACAAGCGUCAAAGACGGUGAAGCGUGGUGGGAAUCAGGUGCCUCCGCCGGCUCCCGCUCAGGAUGCUUCGGACAGUGAGAUGUCCGAAGAGAGCUUUGAGUUGGAAUUGGUGGAUAGCUCCUUUAUCCCGGAAUACAUGAACCAGGAGUAUCCUAUCCCGAGAGGAGUGGACAGCUUUGAACAUUGGGGCCAGACUUUGGUGACAAUGCCCAAAUUCAAGGCACAGAAAUGGAGCUUCCAGGAGAUCGCCGGCCACGGGUUGAAGGAUGCUGUGGUCAAGAAAUACCUCCGAUGGAUCAUUGCUACCUAUGGUUCUUCCAUGGAGACCAAGAAGGACAAGAAGGGUCGCUUGGUCUAUAAGCAUGAACCUGGAUCUCAAGCCACAGAUUUGGCUUACUAUUUGGGAGCUUGCGACUGGAAGCAGCUUGCCUCACUGAGUGAGGCAGGAUACAAUCGGCAGUUCAAGUGAGAACUUCUUCAUUGCCGCACUUUGAGCGAAGGUGGGUGUGAAAGGGUC